AAUUCAUGGUGUAGUGCUGGAAACAAUUUCUUAUUUAUAUUGUGUUCUUUAACUCCAGUUCAUUUACUUAAGGAUUUAAAAUAUCAACUGUUAACAGAAAGUUUUACAAAAAUGGCCACAAUGCAAGCAGCCAUGAAAGAUUUGAGGACGUUGAAGCAGGAGGAGUCGGCCAUGAUGAAUCUUGCGUCUAAAAUAAGUGACCAGUUAAAUAGACUGAAAGUGGAGGAACUUGCCCUUCAGAAUCUUGUCCGACUUCAAAAUGAAGAUUUAGAAAGAAAGUCGAGAGGUAGCCGACGAUCACUUCCUGUGGUAGAAAUAGAUGAUGUUAGGAGGAUGAUUGACAAGGGAGAUAAGAGUACGGGCGACGAGAGUGUUGUCCCUUUGAAUUUAGUGGUGAAUAAGUUCCAUCAGCAUGAGGAUAUGGAGGAAGAAGAAGAAGAGGAUGAUGACGAUGAUGAUGAUAAUGAAAAUAUGCUACCAGUUGCGACAACUGCACACGAUGACAUAGAACAGUUUGUUAAUAGUCUGUGAGUUGUCAGUGUAAAUUUGUGUACACACAGUCAUGUGUAUUGACAUGUUGACUCGGUAUUUGUGUAUAUUCAGCAAUCCAGUCUGAGAAAAUUACAAUAAUUCUUCGAUUUGAUAUAGAACAGUUUGGCAAUAUUUGUGGAGAUUUGAGAUAUUUGCAAAGAUAUGGAAAUGGUAUCACAAUUCACAUUACGCAAGAAAAUCUGCAAAACUGUAACAAUACGCAAAUGUACAUGUAUGGCUUGCAUUAAAGCUACAUGCUUUCAUAUGGGUAAACAAAUUAUUGUAAUCUUUCCUCGCUACAUUUCAUACUGGUAAAUGGUCUUUCAAUCUUAACAAAACCUGUCAUCGUUUUUAGG